GGUCAAAGGUCACUGUUGAACCAAGUCAGCAGCGCUCGCCUUACGUUAGCCGACAAUGGCUAAACAUCACCCAGAUUUGAUCUUUUGCAGAAAACAAGCCGGUGUCGCCAUCGGGAGACUCUGUGAGAAAUGCGAUGGCAAAUGUGUCAUCUGUGAUUCCUAUGUGAGGCCGUGCACGCUGGUGCGCAUCUGUGACGAGUGCAACUACGGCUCCUAUCAGGGACGCUGUGUCAUCUGCGGAGGGCCGGGAGUUUCUGACGCUUACUACUGUAAAGAGUGCACCAUCCAGGAGAAAGAUCGAGAUGGCUGCCCUAAGAUUGUGAAUUUGGGCAGCUCUAAAACUGAUCUGUUUUAUGAAAGGAAGAAGUAUGGCUUCAAGAAGAGGUGAAGACACCACGGCCUCAGUGCUUGAUUUUAGUUUUUCAGCUUUUGCAGAUUUUCUUUAAAACCUCAAACAUUUUUUGACUUGUCAAUAAAACUUUGUUUUGUAUUCA